AUGCUCGAGAAAGUGGCUGGACAUGGAUGCUACUACUUCUUGGAUGGGUACUCAAGCUACAAUCAGAUACCCAUUGCCCUAGAAGAUGUUCAGAAGACCAUAUUUACUUGUCCGCCAGCCACUCACUUGGUUCUUAAUUGGGAGAAGUGCCAUUUCAUGGUGAAAGAGGGAAUUGUCCUGGGCUACAAAGUGAAUGCACAUGGCAUUGAAGUUGAUAGAUCUAAGGCUGAUGUAAUUGCUAGGCUCCCUCCAUCAACUUCCGAAAAGCUUGUGAGUGUUCCUAUUAUGGUGGCACCUGAUUGGAGCCAGCCAUUUGAGAUAAUGUGUGAUGCUAGUGAUGUAGCUGUGGGGGCGGUUAUGGGGCAAAGAAAAGACAAGAUGUUUAGGCCCAUCUACUAUGCAAGAAAGACAUUGAAUGUUGCUUAA